ACUAGACCUUUCCUCUUGCUAAGGCCGUCGUCGCCUCAGACAGAGACCGAGACACAGUCCCAAGCACACCAUAUAGAUUGAUGGUCGGUCCUGAUGCUAGAAUAAUGGCGAUGUCCACCAUUGCCGCAGCCACCUGCUCCUUCUCCCUCCCUGCAAACCCAGGCCGGCACAGCACCCGUGCUCCUCGUCUUCUGCUUCGGCCAGCUUACCGUCGCUCUCUCCUUGCCGCCUCCCCGCCGCCGGCGAGCCGCCUCCGCCUCCGUCCCCGGACCUCCGUGUCGGCGUCCCCAGCCGCAGCGGAGCGCGACUACGAGUUCACUGAUGGGAAUGGAGAGGUGGAGCUGAGGCUGGAUAUUGGAAAGCUUGGUAUUGAGAGUUCACGAGAUGUUUUUGUCGAUGUUGAUGACAUGUCUCUACUCAUCAGAGCCAAAUCAGACGGAACACUGAGGACUCUGAUGAAUGUCACCACACUAUUCGACAGGGUUAAGUCUUCCGAGACAAUAUGGUUCAUUGAUGAGGAUCAGUUGGUGGUGAAUCUAAAGAAAGUCGAACAAGAGUUGAAAUGGCCUGACAUUGAUGAAUCUUGGGAAUCUCUAACUUCUGGGAUCACACAGCUAUUGACAGGGAUUAGUGUUCACAUAGUUGGCGAUUCCACUGAUAUCAACGAGGCAGUUGCUAAAGAGAUUGCUGAGGGCAUCGGGUACCUUCCAGUUUGCACAAGUGAGCUGCUAGAGAGUGCCACUCAGAAGUCUAUCGAUGCAUGGGCGGAUACGGAAGGAGUGGACUCUGUAGCCGAAGCAGAAUGUGUUGUCCUAGAAAGCCUUAGCAGUCAUGUCCGAACCGUGGUGGCAACCCUAGGUGGUAAGCAAGGAGCAGCAAGCAGAUUCGACAAGUGGCAGUAUCUUCACUCCGGAUUCACGGUGUGGUUGUCGGUGUCAGAUGCCGGUGAUGAAGCCGCUGCGAAAGAGGAAGCCAGGAGAAGCGUUAGCGCUGGAAGUGUGGCUUAUGCGAAAUCAGAUGUGGUGGUGAAGCUGGGCGGAUGGGACCCGGUGUACACACGAGCCGUUGCACAGGGCUGCCUUGUUGCCCUGAAGCAGCUAACCUUAGCAGACAAGAAGCUAGCAGGGAAGAAGAGCCUUUACAUCAGGCUAGGUUGUCGUGGAGAUUGGCCCAACAUCGAGCCACCCGGUUGGGAUCCUCAAUCAGAAGCCCCACCCACCAACAUCUAAUCUUUCCUAGCCUUUUCUUCCUCUCUUCGCGCCAAGAGGUUUCUCUUUUUCUACUAUAUGUAAAAUCUUUCCAGACUUUAGCUGCGGAAUCGUUAUUGUCCAAAUAUGUAAUCAAGCCCAUUCAUAAUGAUGGAAACGGCUGAGCUGAAACUGCAGCUGCAACACAGUGCAUAGAUGAGGAA